CGAAACGCCUGCCUCCCUUACUGGACUAUGAUGGCCGUCAGGGUGUCCUCGUACCGCCGGCUCUUUGAGGAGCAGCAGCAGUGGAAUGGAGCUGGAGCAGGGGCCGGACAAGUCCUCUCCUCCGCCAGGGGCGGAGCCAACGGCUGCCCGUGGCCCGAGCCGGACUUUGCGGCGGCACGUGCGCUGAACAAAGAGAGCGUGAUCCGCUUCGCCAAGGAGCGCUCCCUCAUCGCAGCCCUCAAUGACCGCCUGGCCGUCCUCGUCGACGUGGCGCGGUGUCUGGAGGAGGAGAAUGAGUCCCUGGAGGUGCAGAUCCUGGAGCUGAAGGAGCGAAUGGGAGUGGAGGGGGAGGAGUCGACCGCCAUCACCACCCGGGGCCCUGCGGACUACAGCCUGGAGGCCGUGGUGGAGAGGCUGCGCCACGAGAAGGAGGAGAUUCUGCGUGACACAGAGGACCUGAAGAAGGAGCUGGCAUGUCUGCAGGCUGAGUAUGACCAGGCGGUGGAGCGGCGCUCUCUCAUCCAGCUGGAGAAGGAGGAUGUUGCCGUGGAUGUUGAUGACAUCACAGCCGACUGCCUGGCACUGAGGGAGCAAGUUGCCAUCUACGAGGAGCAGCUGGCCAAUAUGGAGCAGCAGCACGAGGAGAGGCUGGAGAUUCUGACUGAGCCAGCAAAAGGAGCGCCUGGUGAAGAUGCCGUCGUCUCCUUGGAAUUCCCAGACCUCGACAUCACUCCUGCUAUCAUGGAUAUCAAGGAGUACUACAGUCAGCUGGCAGAGAGCCUGCAGUUUGAGUGCGGCCCGAGAGCGGCCAUCACUGCGGGAGGAGAAGGAGGAAAUGGAAACGGGGCCACCGGGGCCAAAGCAGCAGGGGCUAGAGUGAAAGACGUCUCCAAGGUGACGGACGUGGAUGCCCUCAAGGCACUGAUUGCUGAGCUGCAGAAUGAGCUUGCCGAACUGGAGAGGCAGAACGAGGGGCUGGAGGCCGAGAUCGAGGCCAGGAAAGAGGCUUACCUGCAGGAGAUCGAAGACAUGGAGAACUGCGUGGCCGACCUGAAGGACUCUCAGGCUGACCUUGAGGCCCAGAUGAGGGAGCACUGCAGUGACUACGAGGAGCUCCUGAGCCAAAAGAUGGCCCUGGACAUUGAGAUUGCUGCCUACAGGGGCCUGGUGGAGGAGGAAGAGGAGCGCUUGUUCUGCCUGUAAAGGGACGCCGGAGCGAGGGAUGAGCGAGGUCCUGAUGGAGGAGAGGGGACCGAGGGGAGGAAGUGACAGAAGGAGGGAGGAAAACAUACACACACACACACACACACACACACACACACACACUCUCUCUCUCUCUCUCUCUCUCUCUCCCAUGCGAUGCAGACUAAGUGGGGAAAAAAAUGGACAUCAAUAAAAAAGGCAGACAUAUUGCAGCCAUUAAGAUGAACCUUAGUAGAACAAAGCCCACCAACACACACACACACACACACACACACACGUACACGUAUACACACACGCAAUCUUUUGGCCAGAUGUAGAAGCGUCUUGACAGAUAAAUGGCAUCGGGAAGCCCCACACUGGGCCAUUGAUAACAGGUCACUGUCAGGUGACCCCAUGCCCUGAGAGAAGACUCUGAUUGUGCUGUACGUGGGUGGGAAUGUGUGUGUGUGUGUGUGUGUGUAUGUGUGUGUGUGUGUGUGUGUGUGUGUGUGUGUGUGUGUGUGUGUGUGUGUGUGUUGU